CAACUUCAGUGACAGAAUGGUAAGAGCAUCCGUAGGGUACUGUGGAAAUAUUUUUUUAUUCAAAAGGAGAAAGCCGGAGAUAGCCUAUGCUUAGAUGACCCAGAUGACGCUGGGGAUGUUCAAAUGGCAACAUGGAGGGCUAUACGAUGCUUUGUCCUGUUGUCUGAUAUGGGAAUAUGAGCCGUGAAUUUGUAUGAAAAACAACGUCUCUAAUCCAAAUUGCAGGGAGAGAUAUGGAAGGUAGAAAAUUUACAAUGGGAGCAAAGCGUCCCCCACGGCCCGUGCUACAAAUCAAGGGACCAGAGACAGUGACUCAGCUGGCGUACAACAUGCAGGACGUUCUCACCAUGUCUGAGCCAAUAACACCUUCAUCCUCUUCUUUCUCACCUGGCUCCUCCCCUCCUCUCCCUGGAUCAGCGGUGUAUGCCUUACAAUCCAAGGUCAAGGCCAAGUCCCAGAAAAAAGACAAAAUACUGGAAAAGGAGUGCAACGACGAAGAUACCAAAUUGCUUUUUGUGCAGAGGAGAAGAGAUGAGGCCUUGUCCCUCUCUUCAAUGCACCGGCCUGAGUUGGACAUGCCUGGCAGCAGUGACGAAGAGGGAACGGAUCAGGUCCAGAGGGGUGUCUUUGCAAGUGAGCCUUCGGCCCUCGUGGAGCAGAGAGCCCUGGCAGCAGGAGAGAGUGAAGGGGGCAGAGAAAGUCCCUUCCUAAGUGUAGCAGGCCAGACCCGAGGCCUUGGCGAGGGAGCCAGUUUAGAAAGUCUUCUUACAGAUGGCUCUGGAGAUUUGCAAGGGGAUGACCUCACAUCCAGGACUUCCUCAACCAUGUCCUCCUCCCCCUCCCCCUCCUCCAGACCCUGGGCACCUCCAAAAGGCUUCUGGCGUGUCGCUCGCCCAGAGACGCUCGUCUUGGACGAAGAGAAUGCCUCAAAGGAGAUGCCACCUCCAGGUGCCGAUGGAUCCCAGGGGAAACCAAAGAUGAAAGUGGGGGGUGUGGACUUGGACAGCUACGGGCAGCUCCACCACUCCGACAGCCUGGAGAGUCACCUCCGGAGGUGCUGGAAACAGGAGGCGAGCGCAGCUGAGUCCUUUGAGGGACUGUGGAGAGCUGACAGCCUGGAGAACGUAGGUCCUCCAGAGAGGACACCCUCUCUGCGUAAGAGGAUGGAGAGGAGUAAGAGAGCUCUCAGGCAGGUGCAGAUGCUCCGUAGGCACAAUGCUAAAGGCACAGAGGGGACCGCGGUUGACGUAGAUGUGCACCAUUCUCAAGAGGAUGAUGUCAGGGGCACAGAAAGCACGGGUAUGCUUAAUGAAGGAGAGAGUGAUUUGGUGUACACUGUGUCCCCAUAUGAGUUUGAACAGAUCUACAGAUGUAUAGUCACAAGUGACGACCUGCCUCUAAGCCCUCGUCACGAACAAGCCAAACGUUUGCUUGAGAGGGCGAGGUUGAAAGCCCGAUCUCAGUUACCCAAAGGUGAACAGCCUGUCCGCACUGGUCCAGCAAAGGUCCCUGAACUUCCUGUAUUCCAUAAGGCUGUGCAGGUGGCCCAAGAAAAGGCAAACAGCAGGGAUCUGCAGUCUGGCUCUCCCUUACAACAUAAGGCAGUAGCAGUGCAGGGGGACUCUCAAGAGGAGCCAUGCAGGGAUGUGCCAAUAGGAUCUCCCCCUCUGCAUAAGGCUGUCAUGGCAGCAUCCCAGGAUAACAUAUGCAGGGAAGUACCAUUGGGGUCUCCCCCAUUACUUAAAGCCGUACUGGUGGCAGCUCCGGAGGAGAUAUGCAGGGAUCAACCGACUGUGUCUCCCCCACUGCACAAGGCCAUCAUGGUGGCAGUCCAGGAUGAGAUAUGCAGGGAUCUGCCUACUGGGUCUCCUCCACUGCAUAAAGCCGUCCUGGUGGCGGCUCAGGAGGAGAUAGCAAUUGCCCCCAUCAAACUUGUGGAUGUUCGGGGCAGAGAGUGUGAGCGCGGGACACGUUCUCGUCGGGUCGGCCAGUCUCCCACACGUGUGCGCUUUGAGGACGAGUCUGAGAGGGAAGCAGAGCGACGGUACCUAGAACGGGUCCGGCAGCGAGGGCCUGUGGUGACGGACAAGUCUCAAAAUGCAGCAACCAAACCAGAACAGAGUCGAGGCAUGUCCACGGCAACCAUCCGAAAAGAAGACGAAGGAGCGGCAAACCAGGUGAUCAUACCACAGGAGGAGGUUGUUGGUAAAUGUGAUGCCUGCGGGUCGCUCCUAGGAAUCAUUAUAGCGAAAGACGCACACGGCCAGCCUGUCCUGAGCACUGCUGAUGGGCGAGGGAAGCUUGUCCCCAAGUGGGUCUCCCCCGGUCCGGCCGACCAGCCGCAGAGUUACAACGCCGGAGACACGGACCUCGCUGCCAUGGCAGCCCUGGCCGACAGUAUGGGGGGUGCAGGUGAAGGAGGCGCCGGAGAGCAGGUGUCUGGGUUCGGCAAGCUAAGGAGGAGGAGUUUGAAGGGCGAGAGGCGCGACGAGGCAGGACACGUCCUCGGCCCCUACGCCCGCAGCCAGGACCUGUGGGCGCAGAGGCGCAACUCCUAUUCAAAAAUGAGGGCAGGCAUGGAGGAGGGCAGCCUUCUGUACACCCAGAGUAUGCCCAUGGCACCCCAGGGGGUGACAUUCUCACUUGACGCUCAGUCCAUGCUAGGACACGUGCCGGCUGCAGCAAGCGGCUCUGGGAUUCUUAAGGACACCUCGUCUCCCCAGUUACCCCUCAAGUCGGCCUUGAAGUCCUCCUCCAAGAACCUGGCUAGUGGGCAGCGGGUGCUGACGCUGCUGCCCUCCGUCCAGUAUCGGCUUGUCCAUCUGGACCAGGAAAAGGAAGGGAAGCCUCACCACAUAGAGCUCUCGGCUGACGAGCAGCUCACGGUGAUGGCAGGGACUUCCUCUACAGGUCUCACACCCUGUAUCAAGCAGUCUUCUCUCAGGUACACUACUGCCAAGAUGACCUCUGACCUCCCAUCUCAGGGAUUAUGGGAUACCUCCUCAGAGGCAGUGCCAGCUCACUUGGGCGGAGAGGAUCUCACAGGUGCCUGUGCUCCAGGUGGCCCUCUAGAGUGCCGGCCAGCCUUGCGUUGCGGGGUAGGAACCAAGGCUGAUGAUCUGAGGUCAGAGCUUCUCCGGGCAGAGCACCGCAAGGCGGAGCUCAUGUGGGAGGACAUGCCAGAGAGUGCUCGCAGGGCCAUGAUGGAACAGGAGGGCAAAUCCAAGCUCUCUCUGCGGCGCUUCUUCUCUGCCAUGGGCCUCAACAGUGUGGGCAAGCUGGUGAAGGGUAACCGCUCCAGCAGCAUGGAUCACCUGUGCUCGCCAUCUGCCCGGCACAUCGCCCCGGCUCCCAUCUCCGCCUCGGCCUCCCCCUCUCCGUCACACCGCCCCCGGACUCGACUGCAGAGGACCCCAUCCCUGCAGUCCCUGCACACGGAGUCUCCUCUGGCCCAGUUGAGAAAAGUCUCUUCCGUACAGAGCCUCCAAUCCCCAAAGAGGCUAAAAGAGCGUUCAACAAUAUUGGGAGCAGUGCCCUAUAAUCUGGCUCCAAGGGAAUUUGACCAAGAUCCAUGCCUCGGGGAUCUGGAGGCCCCUCGUGGGCCCCAAGGGCGUCUGGUCCAGGCUUACCCGGAUGGGACCCUGCACAUAGAGCUGAGUCGGCCAGCUAACGGGCCCUUUGGAUUCGUAAUCUCCAGGGGUAAAGGCCGCCCAGGCUCAGGUGUGUUUGUGGACCAGGUGGGAGACACCUCAGCAGACAGCAUCUACACUGGGCUUCUGGGGGUUGGGGACGAGAUUCUGGAGGUGAACGGGGAAAUGGUUGCUGGCCUGUCUCUGGAGCAGGUGACCCGGCUGAUGACCCGCGACAGCACAGCAUCCAUCCGGAUCAUCCCUCAUCGCUGGAUCCAGAGCUGAGGGCAGCCUCCAAAGCUCCUCACAAGCAUUAACAAGGCUGCAGAAAUGCUGCAGAGGAGGAUGAAUGGACUGAUGGAAUGAACUAUCAAAAGCUGUGCUGUUGGUAUAUGACACAUAUGACAUAAUCAAUAAAUUUGAUUUUUGCUCCAAUUCAUAGACAUUUAUGCCGGCGGCCUAGAAUAGAUGUUAGAGUUCUUUAUCAGCUUGCACCUUUACAUGUACCCAAAUGCUACAAUGACCUUAAUCUCAUUCUACAUAGUGCGUUUUUUUUAUAAGCCAUACCAUACAGAACCUCUCCCUGGCAGAGGAAGUGGAAAUGACAAGUCACUGACUGAAAUGACAAAGAUCAACAUUUUGAACCAGACCUAAAAAUAUAUUCCUUACACAAGGGAGUCUAAAACAACUGUGAGUGUUCAUAACCUGUGAGUGAAAUCGUUUAUGACCAGACAAUAAACCGGACCGACAGUCAUAUCACAA